AUGGCGUCUGUUUCUCGCUGUCGACUGUCGAUAUCUUCUCUACGGAGGUGCACGAGUUUACUAUCGGUAAAUCAUCUGAUCUUUUUGCUUUUGUAAUAAAAGGAGCAUUCAGCUAAUUUUCUCAUGAUUUAAUAGGUACAAUCAAAGAAUCACGGAGUUCAGUCGACUAAAUGCAUGAGGACGAUAUGCUGUGGUGACUCUUUGCUGCAAGCUACCAAAACUAGUCUGUGAGUAUAAGCCGGUGAUUCAUUCGAAUUUCAUUCGUCUGUCAUUGUCCGUUUUUCAAAGAGGAAAUUUUGGGUUCUCCGAGUCCUCAAAGAAGAUUUCCAUUCCACUUCGCGUGGUCUAUUUUAACAGUGUUACAAAGUAAGCAAUAUAAGAGAGCUGCAAUAGAAGCUUUCAAUGUGUUAUGGAACACUGUUUGCUACUAUGAACAAGACGUUGGACGCUCGCGUCUCAAUAAUCUGAAAGUAGUCACUAGUGACUACUCUAACCUUUUAACUCCCAAGAGUGACCAAGACAGAAUUUUCCCCUUACAGUAUCAGUACAUUAUCGGGCAGAAAAGUGAUUAGAAUAAAGAAAAAUAUCAAUUAGGGGAUUAUAAGUUGAUCCAAUACCAAAUUCUCUAAACUAACAUCACAAGAACUUUACGGCAGACUGUAAGGAGAAUUACUAAUGAGACCGUUGGAGUUUAAGGAUUAAGGAAUUAAAAUUUGACAUACUUUCUGCUUCUACUGCUUGCCUUAUACAUACCAAUUUUGUUUUUACCUAGAAAUUGUAUAUAAUUUUCUAUGUUCAAAUACAAGUUUUAUGUACAUAACAUUUAAUUUUCUUUUUUCUUCUCACUACCCACAAGCUUGUGGCUUAAAAUAUUAUCGUGUAUAAGUAAAGGUCAUCUAUCAAUGUAUGUUCUCUGUAGGGGAACAUAAAUAUCCUUUUUUAUAUAGUAAGGUAAAUUACACACACAUUUUGAUUGGUCAUUACUUAGGAUCUAUUGGAGAACAGAUGCAUAAAUGAGAGCAUCAUUGAGAAUUCUUUGCUUCUGUAUUUUUUUAAAACAAAUGGAUUCCAUUUUGCCAUGGGUCUGUACAGUAAAAUAUCACAGUUGACAUCAAAAUGUGAUAAGAACAUCAGUACAAAUUCAGUUGCACCUCAUGUGCUGGUUUGUUGUUCUUACUACAUUUUGAUGUCAUCUGUGAUCUUCUACUAGGGAGAUGCAUGGCAACAUGGAAUCUAUUCAUCAAUUGUAUGCAGAGUAGGGUAGCAAAAGUUAUAAUCAAUUUUCCACUCAGUACGGUAGGUUUGCAUAAGUUAAUUAGGUGGCUGUGGUGUUUGAAAUGUUCUGGUUGAACUUUGGGCUUUGCUGGCUUUGUCAGUUGUCAAUUCAAGGUGCAACUGAGGAGACAAUAAUUAUUACAUUUACAGCAACUGGCCUACUAAAGAACCAAGUGGUGUAUGUUAGGACUGAAUCUCCAUUGAACGAUUCUCUUUAAAUUUGAUACUCAAGUCCAUAUACUCUUUGGGGAAAUUUGCAUACUUUAAAACAAAUAGAGAUCAUUGUACAGAUGCGAAAUUAAAAAGUAAAGGGAAAAAUAAAUUAAUUUAAUUAAUUUAAAGGAAAACAGUUCCACAGACAUGUGUCAUGAUACAGGAUAAAUUCUACUUACUUUAACUAUUCUGCUGUGUACCUGUGGCGAACAAGUUUUUUAGAUUUAAAAAAAUUCAUAUUUGCUUAUAUAACUUUAUAAUUUAGGGCACCAAUUGUUGCCAAUACUUAAUAUUGUCUUUGACCUAUUCACUUUCAGUGUUCAAGCUGCCACAAAGAGAUUCAGUUCUCAAAUCUCAAAAAAAUUUCUAGAAAAAUUUCCACCAGUCCUCGGCUGCAAUGUUCUAUCUGUGAUAGCUUCAGAAAACAUUGUUGGCUCAAGUGAGCUGGAAGAGGGUGCAGAAAGUGAAGAUGAAGCUACGAGUGGGAGAAAACGCAUAAUGUAUUCGCAUCCCUUGGAUGAUGUUCCAUAA